AUGCUCUCUGGAUUGAUGAACUUUCUGAAUGCCUGUCUCUGGCCACGCUCAGAUCAGCACUCAGACUCUGGCGGCCGUCAAGAGGGCCUUCUCUGGUACCGUGACUCCGGUCAGCACGUCUCCGGUGACUUCUCCAUGGCCGUCGUCCAAGCCAACAGCUUGCUCGAGGACCAGAGCCAGCUCGAGUCCGGCUCUCUUAGCUCCCUCCCCUCUGGUCCCUAUGGCACCUUUGUCGGGGUCUACGACGGCCACGGCGGCCCUGAGACCUCCCGCUUCAUCAAUGACCACAUGUUCCAUCACCUCAAGAGGUUUGCAGCGGAGCAACAGUGCAUGUCAGCGGAAGUGAUAAAGAAAGCGUUCCAAGCGACAGAAGAAGGGUUCUUGGCGAUAGUAAGCAGCCAGUUCCCAACGAGACCUCAGAUAGCGACGGUUGGGUCAUGCUGCCUUGUAAGCGUCAUCUGCGAUGGGACGCUCUAUGUGGCGAAUGCGGGUGACUCGAGGGCUGUGCUUGGGCAAGUCGUGAGGGGAAGCGGUGAAGCUCACGCCACUCAGCUCUCGGCUGAGCACAAUGCGUCUAUCGAGUCGGUGCGACGGGAGCUUCAGGCCCUGCAUCCGGACCAUCCGGAUAUUGUGGUUCUCAAACAUAACGUGUGGCGAGUCAAAGGGAUCAUUCAGGUAUCAAGGUCCAUAGGGGAUGUGUAUCUGAAACGGGCAGAGUUCAACAGGGAACCGCUGUACGCCAAAUUCAGGCUGAGGUCGCCCUUCAGCAGGCCGCUGCUGAGCGCAGAGCCGUCCAUAACGGAGCAUAGACUGCAGCCGCAGGAUCAGUUCAUCAUAUGUGCAUCGGACGGGCUGUGGGAACAUAUGAGUAAUCAAGAAGCUGUUGACAUUGUUCACAACCAUCCGCGUAACGGAAUAGCAAAGAGGCUGGUGAAAGUGGCGCUGCAAGAAGCGGCGAAGAAGAGAGAGAUGAGAUACUCGGACCUUAAGAAGAUAGACAGAGGGGUUCGACGGCAUUUCCACGAUGACAUAACAGUGAUUGUUGUCUUCUUCGACGCAGGCCUCGUCAGCAGAGCCUCCCGACCCUCCGUCUCUGUCCGAGGCGCCGGCGUCACCCUUCCCCACAACUCCUUGGCGCCUUUUACUCAACCUCAAGCCUCCUCCUGA